UUCUCCUCUCCUUCUACACCAUCGACAGAACCAUAUCCACUCGAUUCAUGGCAGCUUUUGACGACCAUCCCUAGUUCCGAUCACGCACGCACACCGGCUUUGCCACGCAUACCGACUUGAUUGCAGUCACAGCGCUUGCCGCGACGCCAAUCCGUUCCCUUGUACCGCAUCCUGACAUUUGUCCAUUCGUGUUUUUGUUUUUUGGGUUUUGAGUUUUGAUCGAGAUGGCCGCCCAGUACACCCAGGAUCAGUCGACUGAGUUCCGUCCCGAGCUGGAUGAGCCCAGGAGGACGACGACGACGACCACAUCCACGACCGGGAGUGGUCUGGAGAAUGAGAACUUCGGUGGGUAUGGCGGCGUGAGUGAGAACGAGCCCCCGCGCCACAAGAUCCACUCCGAGGAUGAGCCCCUGCCUAAGCCCAUGAGCGGAACGUACUUGGAUGAGGAGGGUGCCAAGUUGGACCAGGACUCUGAUCGGUCUGGGUUAGGGGCGUCAGAUCUCGGCAGGGAUGAGCACAUCAUGCCCAAGCCCACUAGUGAGGGUUAUCCUGCAGGAACUCCACAGAGCACCGAGAAGUACCAGGAGCAUCGAGACUUGGAGCCCACCCGCUUAGAUGAGAGUCCGAAGACAGAGGAGUUCGGUGCUGCGAACGCUAGCACAGGAGAUUUUGACCGCACCUCUAGCGAUGGGCUCCGAACUGACAAAACCCCGGCUUCGGAACCAAGGGGAUUCAGAAGUGAGGACACCGCUCCCACAUCUGGAGGAUAUGCCGAUCCCACUUCUGCAUUUCCUGGUGCACCCAUUGACAGAAGAGUGGAGGAGCCCGGCUACGGCUAUGAUCAACAAACGUCCGAACCUACGAGCUUGGAAUCCGGAACACAGCACAGUCCCAAGAAAGAAGGCUUCAUGACCAAGCUGAAGGAGAAGCUGCCCGGGCACCACAAAACGCCUGAGAGCGGUGUUGAGCACCAGGGUGCUGGUGUGGAACACGACACCACCGAUGCCCCGCCCAAGAAGGGCCUCAUGACCAAGAUCAAGGAAAAGCUCCCCGGUCACCACUCCACUGCUCCAGCCUCCACCACCACUGAUGUGUAAAUUCGAGCAGCAUCGUUCAGACAAUCAUUUGCUCCUGUCUAUUUGACUUAUAGAUUAUGUGUGUAUGCGGUUGUUUAUUUUGAGAUUUUUCAAUAAAAACGUUUCCAGUCUCGAUUAAAAUUUUAUUUAGCGGAUUGUAUCACCCCUGGAACUCUGAUCCUACGAAUUUUGAAGAGCCGUAGGCGGAAAACUGUGUAUGGACACUUACUGUGUUACGGAUGUGGGUUGCCAGCUGUACGCAAUAUUUUAUUUCCGAAUUUCGUGUAA